CAUCAAUGGCGGACAUUCGCUGUCGCCUAGAUAAAAUAAUUUAGCACGCGAAUUAUUUACAUAACAACAUAUAACCUGCAUGUGAGAGUAUCAAAAUCUUUAAAAACCAACGAAGGUUGCAAUCUAAAAUGUCGUCAGUCGUUUCUGACUGUUUUACCAUCGGGAGUAUAGUUGCCACCAAGACCUGCUAUAAUGAAGAGAUCGAGGGCGAAGUGUUGGCUUUUGAUCCUCAAACGAAAAUGUUAAUAUUAAAAUGUCCUUCAUCAAGCGGAAAUCCAAAGAGACAUGAUGUUAAUAUUGUUAAUCUGUCGCUUGUGAGCGAUGUGCAAAUAAAAAAGGAAGUAACAACCGUACCGGAGCCACCACAAUCGUUAAAUCUACACAGAUUGAAUACAAGAGUACGGAAUUCUAUAGAAAAUAAACGAAGAUUGGUGUCAGCAUUAUCGGCAUGCUUGGAUCCAGAAGGUCAGCGUCUUUUCUUGGCAAUUGCACGGGUAAUAGAUGAUGUGUCCUGGGCAGGGCAGAGUAUCAGAGUUUAUAAUGAAGUAACAAUCACACCACCAUACAAAGUAGAGAAUGUAAUAGGUGAGCACGAUUCCAAACCAUAUAAUUAUAUACGUAAAUUUGUUGAAAGACAUUGGAGGGAUUUUCGUGAUCACCCAACAGCUUCCAAUUCACACCAGCAAUAAAUAUACUUUAGGGCAGUUAAAAGAUAUUUUUUCGUUGAAAUUCAAAUAAAAAAUGUGUUUUUUUUUAGUUAAAAAAUGUCUGUAUUUAUCUCGGUAGCUUUUUUUCGAGUUGCUUUUGUCUAAUUCUCUUUGUAAUUGAUUUUUUAUGCAUGACUUGAAUAGAUUUAAAUUUUCAUUUAAACCCAAAUAGUCUGGUUUCUAAUAUUU